AUGGACGGCUCCCACAUACCUGGAAAUGGACCGCCUUCGGCGAUGGACCAAGGUCUUCAGGGAGACUGGGCAAAGGAUCUCCGGGAACAAUUUGAGCAGAUGCUCCGGGUGAAACGACUGAAUGAGCUCACGGAACGGGCACGGUCACGAGCUGCCUCACCUUCCCCUCGAGAUUUUGCUUCGCCAUCAUCAGCAUCCCCGAGUAUGAAUUCUCCGUCACCGAUUCCCCAAUCGCCGCCAUCAUAUUCCUCAUCGAUGAGAAGCCUCCCCAAGUUCCCGGCGGCUCCUCAAGAUGCAUCGUCGCUAAAGUUCAGAAACCUCCUCAUCUCGCUCUCAUAUACGCCGAUCAAGUACGAAAACCCGGGCUUACUGGAUGAAGCCUUGUCGGUUAUUCCUCUGGACCGCAUCUACGGCGAAGCUCAGGAAGAGAGCGAGGUGCUCGAGGCGCAAGCCGCGAGUCUGGGAAAUGGGCACAAACCCGAGUGGGGUUAUCAAGAUUGUGUGGUGCGGGCACUAUUAAGAUGGUUUCGUCGUACCUUCUUUUCCUGGGUAAACAAUCCUGCAUGUCCCAUUUGCUUUUCUCCCACCAUUGCCCAAGGCAUGACUACUCCGACUCCCGACGAAGCAGCUCGCGGUGCGGCCCGCGUUGAGCUCUACCGCUGUUCGGCGCAAGGAUGCGGCGCCUACGAGCGUUUCCCCCGUUUUUCAGAUGUAUGGACACUGCUCCAGACAAGAAGAGGACGCUGUGGAGAAUGGGCCAACUGCUUCAGCAUGCUGUGCCGCGCUGUUGGUGGCCGUGUUCGUUGGGUAUGGAACUCUGAGGACCACGUAUGGACCGAAGUCUACUCCGAGCAUCAGCGGCGCUGGAUUCACGUCGACGCCUGCGAAGAAGCUUGGGACAACCCAAGACUCUAUGCUGAAGGAUGGGGCAAGAAGAUAGCUUAUUGUAUCGCCUUCUCCAUUGACGGCGCUACGGACGUUACGAGACGAUAUCUUCGGAACCCUACCAAAAAUGGACACGAACGGACACGGGCUCCUGAGGAAGUUCUCAUCUGGAUAACGAAUGAGAUUCGGCGGAUGAGACGGGAGAAUCUUUCCAAAGAAGAGUGCCGACGGCUUUUCAAGGAAGAUGAGCGCGAGGAGCGGGAACUUCGAGCCUACACGGCUCAGGCUCUCGCCAUGGGCAUCACCAACAUGCUUCCAGGCGCUCCUGUAUCGCGUUCGAACUCGGAUGAUUUGAAAGUUCCUGGCCGACAAACUGGCUCUACUGAGUGGAUACAUGCCCGAGGCGAGGGCGGUCAACAUGCCAACGGCCCGGCCCCUGAUGGCCUCUAA